GCAGCUCUGAGGUUUUGGCUGGAGGCUGAUGUGGACGGAUUCCAAGUUCAGAGUGUGGAAAAUCUGACAGAUGUAUCCUUAUUGGCUCAGUGGCAAAACAUCACCAAGAGCUUCAGUAAAGAUAGGCUCUUGAUUGCAGGGACAGACUCUUCCAACCUGCAGCAGAUCCUGAGCCUCCUUGAGAAUGCUAAGGACCUGCUGCUAACCAACUCAUACCUGUCAAGACCCAGUUCCAGUGGGGAGCAUGUAAAAGUCCUCAUCACCCAAUAUUUGAAUGCCACUGACAACCGCUGGUGUAGCUGGAGUUUGUCUCAGGCAGGGCUUUUGACUUCCUUCGUGCCGGCUCAGCUCCUCCGACUCUACCACCUGCUGCUCUUCACUCUGCCAGGGACUCCUGUUUUCAGCUAUGGGGAUGAGAUUGGCCUGCAGGCGGCAGCCCUUCCUGGACAGCCCGUGGAAGCCCCGGUCAUGUUGUGGAAUGAAUCCAGCCUACCCCAAUCAGGGUCUGUAAGCAUCAACAUGACAGUGAAGGGCCAGCAUGACGACCCUGGUUCCCUCCUGUCCCUGUUCCGGCGCCUGAGUGACCAGCGUGGUAAAGAGCGCUCCCUGCUGCAUGGGGACUUCCAUCCGCUCCCCUCCAGUUCUGGCCUCUUCUCCUAUAUCCGCCACUGGGACCAGAAUGAGCGUUUCCUGGUGGUGCUCAACUUUGGAGACAUGGGCCUGACAGCCAGGCUAGGGGCCUCUGACCUGCCUAGUAUCCCCAGCCUGCCAGGCAAAGCUGAUUUGCUACUCAGUACUCAGUCAGGCCGUGAGGAAGGGGCCUCCCUGGAGCUGGAAAACCUGAAGCUGGAUCCUCAUGAAGGGCUGCUGUUACGCUUCCCCUAUGUGGCCUGACCCCACCUAUCUAGGACCCAGUACCCUCCUUGUUCCCUCACCAGCCCCUUUGGGUUCUGUUUUUUCUUUUUCUUUUUUUUAAAAAACUUUUUUGCAGAUUACAAAUGAACUCUCAAGUAGGGUAUCUUCUGCCUUCAAAUAAAAGUCAUCCCUGCCUGGUGA